AAUUUGUCCUAAGUAAUUGGUUGAGCUACCGGCAAUGCAGGAGAAAGUGAAGGAGUAUGGCCAAGGCCGACUCUUGGAAGCUGAAGCAACAAAUGGGAUUGGCAAUGCAGAGAAGGCAGCGCUGGUAAACUUGGCAAAGCUAUCCAAAAAUGGUUUCGAGAAGCUCGUGACGAAGAAGAGGCUAGACGCAGUGGUGGCUCCAUCUGCAGCCGUGUCGACGUUGCUCGCCAUAGCAGGUUCCCCAGGUGUGGUUGUCCCAGCAGGAUAUACUAAAGAUGGGGUACCGUUUGGCAUCUCCUUUGGCGGGCUGAGGGGUUCGGAGCCAAAACUAAUUGAGAUAGCAUACGGCUUUGAGCAAGCCACUAAGAUUAGGAAGCCUCCUUCACUUAAAAAAUUUCAAGAUUUAGAGCCCCAUUUUAUUGGGGUAUUGAAGCAAAUGGGUGUACUAUUGUAG